AUGGUUGAUCCACGCUCAGAUUCUGAAGAACGUUCUCGUGCUAAGCGCCAGAAGAUGGACAAAACAGAGACAGACCCCCGGAACAAUCCUUACCUGGCUCACAUGUAUGCAGACGAGUCAGCUAAUGGCGACUCGGGUUCUUGGACUGAUGGCGCGUCCGAGCAGAGAACUACCUUUGCCGGCUUGAAAAGACAUCAGACAACAGCGGCACAAGUGAAAAAGGUGGAAGCAGGAGACAUCAAUCCAUUCACUGGCCAGCCGUUCUCCAGCAAGUAUUUCUCUAUCUUGCAGACUCGUCGUGAUCUUCCCGUCCAUGCUCAGAGAGAUGAAUUCCUAGAACUCUACCAGAAGUCUCAGAUUCUAGUGUUCGUGGGUGAGACGGGUUCCGGAAAGACCACACAGAUCCCCCAGUUUGUCCUGUACGAUGAUAUGCCCCAGACCCAGCGCAAAUUGGUCGCCUGUACCCAGCCUCGUCGAGUCGCUGCUAUGUCCGUCGCUCAACGUGUGGCCGCCGAGAUGGAUGUCAAGCUUGGAGAGGAAGUCGGUUACAGCAUUCGUUUCGAGGACAUGACAAGUUCCAAGACCUGCCUGAAAUACAUGACCGAUGGUAUGCUUCUGAGAGAAGCUAUGCAUGAUCAUGACCUUACGCGCUACAGCACGAUCAUUCUUGACGAAGCUCACGAAAGAACCAUGGCUACUGAUGUGCUCAUGGGUCUUCUCAAAGAAGUUGUGCAGCGCCGUCCCGACCUGAAGAUCGUUAUCAUGUCUGCCACCCUAGAUGCGCAAAAAUUUCAGCGCUAUUUCAACGAUGCCCCGCUUCUGGCGGUCCCCGGUCGUACGCACCCUGUCGAGAUCUUCUAUACCCCCGAGCCCGAACAAGAUUAUGUCGAAGCCGCUAUUCGCACGGUCCUCCAGAUCCAUGCCACAGAGCCCGACGGUGAUAUACUACUGUUCUUGACUGGUGAGGAGGAGAUUGAGGACGCUGCACGCAAGAUCGCCCUAGAGGCGGAUGAGAUGGUGAGAGACGCCGACGCUGGUCCGCUGAAGGUAUAUCCGCUGUACGGUAGUUUGCCUCCGCACAUGCAACAGCGGAUUUUCGAGCCUGCUCCUCCUCCACGCAGACCAGGCGGUCGCGCUGGCCGAAAGUGUAUUAUCUCGACCAACAUCGCCGAAACAUCUCUUACCAUCGACGGUAUCGUGUACGUUGUGGACCCCGGAUUCUCGAAGCAGAAGAUCUACAACCCGCGCAUUCGUGUCGAAUCGCUGCUGGUGUCUCCUAUCUCCAAGGCUUCUGCUCAGCAGAGAGCCGGUCGUGCGGGUCGUACACGGCCCGGAAAAUGCUUCCGUCUCUACACCGAGGGCGCCUUCAAGAAGGAGUUGAUCGAUCAGACUUACCCGGAGAUUCUCCGUUCCAACCUUUCUUCGACAGUUUUGGAGCUGAAGAAACUUGGUAUCGAUGACCUGGUUCAUUUCGACUUGAUGGAUCCCCCCGCUCCUGAGACACUCAUGAGAGCCCUGGAAGAGUUGAACUAUCUGGCUUGUCUUGACGACGACGGUAACCUCACACAGCUGGGUCGUCUUGCCUCAGAGUUCCCUCUCGACCCCGCUCUUGCCGUAAUGCUGAUUAGCUCUCCUGAGUUUUACUGCUCGAACGAAAUCCUUUCCAUUACGGCUUUGCUUUCCGUUCCCCAGGUCUUCGUUAGACCUGCAUCACAGCGAAAGCGCGCCGACGAGAUGAAGAAUCUCUUUGCUCAUCCCGACGGUGAUCACCUGACUCUUCUGAAUGUCUAUCACGCCUUCAAAAGCCCGGAAGCUCAAGAGAACCUCAAGCAGUGGUGUCACGACCAUUUCCUCUCGCUCAGAUCCCUCCAAUCGGCAGAUAAUGUGCGCAUGCAGCUUCUGAGAAUCAUGGAGCGCGAGGAGCUGGAAAUGAUCUCAACCCCUUUCGAGGACAAGAAGUAUUAUGAUAACAUUCGCCGUGCGCUGUGCGCUGGUUUCUUCAUGCAAGUCGCCAAGAAGGAAGCUCAGGGCAAGAGUGUCUACACGACCAUCAAGGACAACCAGAACGUUCUCCUUCACCCUUCGACUGUUCUUAGCUAUGAUGCGGAGUGGGUUCUUUACAACGAAUUCGUGCUCACGACGAAGAACUAUAUCAGAACUGUUACUGCGGUAAAGCCCGAAUGGCUCAUCGAUAUUGCCCCAACGUAUUAUGACGUCUCGAGUUUCCCCAAGGGCGAGAUUCGGUCUGGCUUGCUGCGUGCCGCAGAGAGGCUGUCGCGUAAAGAGAAGAUGCGUGCUGAUUCUGGAAAGAGACGAUAG